AUGUUUCCUUCCGGCGAGGACUCGCACACUACCAACUAUAUUCACCCCGUCAGCUAUCUGAAUGCGGCUACCAUUGUUAACAGGCACGAGUCCACGGUCUCUUCGAACGGAGACACCACUACUCCGCCACACUCUCAGGGAGAAUCUCCAAACUCGACGGGAACAUUUACAGAUGCAUCAUCGCUAGAUUCUCCCGAUCAAAUAAAGGUUGAGCUCUCCGAGGUUUGCGACUUGAACUCUGUUGUGAAGAGAGAGUCUUCUGAGGAGUCUCAAACAACGCAGACCUCAAAGAAAAUCGAUUCGGACGGUCCUUACACGUGCAGAUGGAAGGACUGUAUUUUGGAGUUUGACGAUCCGAAAGUGUUGUACCAGCAUCUUUGUGAUCAUCAUGUUGGCAGAAAGUGCAACAAGAAUUUGACUUUGGACUGUCAAUGGGAUGGAUGUGGGGUUUCCACCGUGAAGAGAGACCAUAUCACGUCGCAUCUUAGAGUACAUGUGCCCUUGAAGCCUUUCUUAUGCAAUUUCUGUACAAAGAGAUUCAAGAGACCUCAAGAUUUGAAGAAGCAUAUCAAGAUCCACGCUGAUGGCUCGGUAGACAACGAUAAACAGUUGCUCCAGGCAGCCCAGAGUGUGAGACUAGCUAACCCAUACGGUCAGUUGGAUCAUGUGUACGAUCUUCCAUUGCCCACCAUGUACCCUUCUCUCAGCCAAGAACAGCUGCAACUGCAACAGCAGCAGCAGAUGCUUCACAGGCAAGAAGAAAGGAAGAGAAAACCUGACUCGCACUUCUCGAUUCCUUCGCUCUAUGAAGAUCUAAAGAGGGCAAAACUUCAGCCUCAUUAUAACAAUGAACUUGCCUCAAGGCUGAACAAUUUGGACAAUUAUUUUGGCCUGUCAUCUCCAGAUUUGCAUAUGGGAUCCCAAACGAAAUAUGGUGGCUUCAACUCUCAACAGGAUUUGAUUGAGGCCAGCUCGUUCUUCAAUCAACUGUCGGGUUCCAUGGAUACUCUUUCCAGACCUCCUCCUCUGUAUUCGCCUUCUGCUUUCUUCCCACAACAGCAACAGUCUACUCCUCAGUUCGCUUUUAAUGGCAAUUACUCUUCUGGUUCUCUAUACCCUCCAGUUCAGGGGUCCAGUACUUCGUCGUACUUCCCUCAGGUCGGUUACAGAGUGGAUAACGGCGAUUUCACGAAGAAGUUUAAUGUCAGUAUGGGUCAGAAAGCUGGUGUCUCCGCUCAAAAGGAUGGAGUUCCUGCAGACUUAGUGUCCCAACUGGAGAACCUCUCUGUGGAUGACAAAGACGAUUUGGAGGACGAUGAGUCGGGAGCAGUUUUCACAUCGCAUUUGAUGGCUAUCGAUGUCAUCAAGGAGUUCUUGGAGUCUUGUGUGGACAAGCUGAGAGGACAGACAGACAGCCAUCAGCCAAUCGAGAGGAAAUCGUUGUACCCAAGAAUUAUCAGUGUUUAG